UGAACAAUUCGCCCUCGAAUCGGACACCGCUACUAGCGAAAAUGUCCAAAUGAUUCAUUAUGACAAAAAGAGUGGUUCAAAAGAACGACUCAUCUGAAACAAGUUACCUUCAAACUGAAGUUGUUGGCGGGUGUCAUUUUUUUGUUUCUAGCCGACCCACCGAAGCAGAGUGGGGGAUUUUCAUGAUGGUGAGAUCCAGAGCUGAGAGCGAAAGUGGGAGAUGAAGCGCCCGGGCGUCGUGCGGCAGCGCUGUGGCAGUUACUGGGGUUAGCCUUCAAACAAACACAUCAUGGAAAAGCGCGGAUUUAGAGCGAUGCUACUAGCGAUCUCUGAUAAACUUACUGAAGACAAUUUGACAAGUUUAAAGUUUUUGUGCACCGACAUCGGGAAGAAAAGGCUCGAGAAAAUCAAUAAGGGGAUUGAUCUUUUCGAGUGCAUGAUCGAAAAAACUGCAAUUGGGCCUGAUAACACGGAACUUCUGCGAGAACUUCUAAUCCAGAUCGGUCAGAGAGUUCUUCUGGAAAUAAUAGAUGCUUAUGAGAGAGGAGCGACUGGGGGCCCUGCUGGUGUACUGGACGCGAAAGAGCGAGAAAAAAUAAACAUUGCAACUGAAGUAAUUGUUGAACAUUUGGGUAGAAAGUGGCUUCAAUUUGGAAGAAAACUUGGACUUAAGCACACUCAGCUGGAAGGCAUACAGGAGAAGCACAACCGUGACCUGGAGGAGCAGGUGAGGGAGCUCAUCAGACAGUGGAUGAAGAUGAAGAAAGAAAACGCCAGAGUGGAGGAUCUCAUCAAAGCUCUCCGAGACUGCAAACAGAACCUCACCGCUGAUCUUGUGGAGAAAAACCUCAAAGACCUUGAUGCACACUAAAAAAAAUAAUCAGUGUUCUAUUAUAAAACAACAGAACUUUGGGGUUAAUAAUGUGAAUUUCUUUUCGAAGUGCAAAUGAACUGAAUUAAAUUGUGUCUACAGAUCUUUCUGAAUUAAUUGUACACGUAAAUAUUGCUUUAGAUAAUAUAUUUUACAUGACAUUGCAAGGCAAGAAAAGGAAAUUCUUUGAAUAAGUGUCUUAAUAGACAGUUCUCAUUCACUCUUGCAAAGCGGAAUGAUUUUUCCGUUUUUACAGAACACACUCAUAACACAACGCUGUUCUUGUAUUUACUGAUUUUGUCAAAGGAUGUACCACAGUUACAAAGGAAUAAAGGGACUAUGAUGUAUGAUUGAACAAUGUGCCUCAUAACAGGCCUUUCAACUGUUUGAUGAAGCAUAUUUUGAGUCAUAACUUUUACUUAUUCUAUACUUCACGGUAUAGAAAUGCUCAGCCACUAUAUUUACCCAGGUUGUUCCAUCUAAAUCCUAAGAUUUUUAAAUAUUGUACAAAUAGGCUGUCAAAGCAAAGUUCAGUACUCGCCCUUGGACUGCCUCACAGUGGCGUGUGUUCAACAUGUUUCAGUCACCUGACAUGUCGUCUUAUCAUUUGGGAACAGUUUAUUUUGAGUCAUCUCUGCUUUGUACCACACCGGUUGUAUAGGUUGAGUUUCCCAAAAGCAGCCUAAAUGGCUUGUAUAGAGACCACUGGUGCCAAUGGUUUCUACUUAAAGGCUGGAUGGCACUACACGAUUUUUAAAACCUGAACAAAUAUUAAAACUAGGUAUCAUUCAUUUGCAGACAUUGUAAAUGGUUAUAAGAAAAACUGGGCAUCAUAUACUAAAUAACACAAGCUCACACAAAAGCACAAGUCAUUGCUGAGAAACACAACAAAUUAAAACAAUUGUUUUAAAAUAGGCUCGGAAUCUCAUGUUUAAUGUUCUCCGACUGGACAGAUUCAUAAUCUACAGCUAAAACAAAACAAAACACUGACUGAAUGAUUUUCAGUGAAAUCUAUCAACUCAGACUGUCCAAAAUCUUCAGACUGGCUCUGACUCAAUUCCUCCAGACUGCAAAUGGGGGCAAUAAUUCAUUCGGCGUUUAGCUUUAUGAUGCUUUUGGGAAACACAACCCAGGACAGUUAGAACAGUUGAGCUCAAAUUUUGCUAUGAAUUCAUAAGCAGAGCUCAUGUAACGGUUCUUGAUGCUUCGAUUUGAGGUUGCUGCUUUAUAAUUAAUCUAUUUGCUGUUUGUCAGUGUGUACAUCUAUGCAUGUGUACAGCAAUGCAGAUCUCCAAUAAAUUUCCAGAAUUGCAAUACUUUUAAUAAUAAAUCUGCUCAUAUCUAAAAAGCCACACAAUAUUCAGUGCAAUAGUGUUUGAGUUCAACUA